AUGACUGCCGGCGUUACACAACCUCCCUAUCCCCUCCACGAGUCCGUCAAGGAUUUGUUGGACCCGGAGUAUGUCGCGUUCUACAAUGAGCAUGUCAUUAAUAACCAACAAGUCCACCUCCAGCCCGUGGAUGCGUCACGAACGAGUGGUGUCUUGAUUCCUGGCGCAGGUCCCAUGCUCAACGUCGGAAAGACCCAAGACAUCACCGUCCAGCGACGCGCUACCGAAGGCCCCCCGAUCCUCAUCCGUGCCUUUACUCCCAAAGGCCAUGCGCCUCCCGCUGGAUGGCCCGUGAUGCUGUAUUUCCACGGUGGUGGCUGGGUGCUCGGAAACAUCGACACCGAGAACGUGGUGUGCUCCAACCUCUGCGUCCGCGGCAAUUGCGUUGUAAUUACUGUAGACUACCGUCUUGCACCGGAGAACCGCUGGCCCGCCGCCGUGCACGAUUGCUGGGAAGCACUCCUGUGGCUAAUCGCUGACGGCCCCGCCGCGCUAUCAGUUGACGUAUCCAAACUGGCAACUGGUGGCUCCUCCGCCGGCGGCAACCUUGCAGCAAUUAUGACUCACAAGGCGCUAACCCUGUCACCGCCUGUUCGCUUCCGCGCCCAGCUGCUCUCUGUCCCCGUGACUGAUAACACGGCCACGGUCGAGAACAACGAGUCAUAUCGGCGGUACGAGCGCACCCCCGCGCUCCCCGCUCUCAAGAUGUACUGGUACCGCGACCACUAUGUACCCAACGAUGCCGACCGCACCGAUCCAGAGUCCAGUCCGCUAUUUUGGCAUGGUGAUUAUUCACAAUUGCCGCCGGCGUUGGUUAUGGUUGGUGAGUUGGAUGUGUUACGGACUGAGGGCGAGCAGUAUGCGGAGAAGUUGCAGAAGGCUGGCGUGCCUGUCGAUUUGCAGGUGAUGAAGGGUAUGCCACAUCCGUUCCUUGCUAUGGACGGGGCUUUGUCGGAAGGCAAGAGGUGUAUUACUCUCAUGUGUGAUGCGCUGCAGAAGGCCUUCUGGUCUUGA